AUGGCUCAGCAGCUUCCGCCUGGUUGGGCUGCUCAAUGGGAUCCCCAGCACAAUCGCAACCUCUACAUCGAUACGACGACCAAUCGCUCGCAAUGGGAGCCGCCGACCGGUCCAGCUGGCGGCCUGACCGGACAGCACGGACAACCCGCGCCGAAUGGAGCUGCCAUGGCUGGUCAGCAAACAGGUGCAGGAGGUCGUGGCACGCCCAGUACAAGUGCACCCGGCCCUGCACGCUCGAAGCGACAGUACGCUGCCAAUCAGAAUGAGCUGUACUAUGGCAAUCAACAAAAUUACGGUCAAGGCACGGCUCAGCAAGGCAACGAUCAAGGUCAAUUUUUCUCGCCUGCUGCACAAGCUGGACUGCAACCGCCACUCGCAUCGCCCGGAACGCUGCCGGGCGCGAAUAGAAUGCCAACGGCGCCAUAUGGGCAGCAACAGCCUGCUCAAAAUGGCGCUCCCCAGUCUGGCUUUCCUUUUAAUCCUACCGCUGGCUAUAGUCAGCCGUCCACCUUUCAGCCGGCUUUCUCGCCCCAGCAGCAGCCUCAAGGCAGCGUGGCCGGCGUGACAAACUCGUUUGCUGCAAUGAACGUCGCCAACAGACUCGUGUCUAACACGACCAACAUCAAUCUGAUUGGCCUGCCGUUGAAUCCCAUCGAGCUCAACAUUCCUCCGCCCCUUAUAAACCUACCGCAAGGCUGCUGUAUCUCUGACAAUCCUAGAGCAAACGCCGAUCCGAGCUAUAUGCGAUCUACCAUCAACGCUAUACCCACGACGAACUCGCUCUUGCAAAAGUCAAAGGUGCCCUUCGCGCUCGUCUUGACGCCCUAUCGCAGUGUCGGGCCGGAUGAUGACGAAGUGCCCGUCGUCACCGACACCGUCAUCGCGCGGUGUCGACGCUGCAGAACCUAUAUCAAUCCUUACGUGACCUUCAUCGAGUCUGGCAAUCGAUGGAAGUGCUGCAUGUGCUCGCUAUCCAACGAGGUGCCCCAGCUAUUCGACUGGGAUCAGCAAACAAAUCAGCCAGCAGAUCGAUGGAAUCGCGUCGAGCUGAAUCACUCGGUUGUGGAGUUCGUCGCGCCUUCGGAGUACAUGGUCAGGCCGCCACAACCGCCCGUAUACGUUUUCCUCAUCGACGUCUCCUAUGCCGCCAUCCGAACAGGCAUGGUUGCAACUGCGGCAAGAACGCUACUGGAAUCGCUCGAUAGACUCCCCAACGAAGGCGAUCGAGCAAAAAUCAGCAUUAUCGCCAUUGACACGUGCCUGCACUUCUUUUCUGUUAACCCGGGAGCCACCGAGCCCAACAUGCUCGUCGUGGGCGAUUUAGACGAAAUCUUUCUGCCAAAGCCAGCAGACAUCCUGCUCAAUCUCACCGAAGCUCGAGCCGGCAUCGAAAGCUUACUGGGCAGGCUCAAUGACAUGUUCAAAGACACGCAUUCUGUCGGCAGCGCUCUCGGACCAGCGCUACAAGCGGCGUACAAGCUUAUCUCUGGUGUGGGAGGCAAGAUCUUUGUCUUGAGUGCAACGUUGCCCAGCUUAGGGCCUGGUGCGCUCAAGAACCGCGAAGACCCGAAAUUGCUCGGCACUUCAAAGGAAUCGUCGUUGUUACAGGCCGCUGCUGGAGGUUUCUACAAAGGCUUAGCCAUCGAUUGCUCCAGAACGCAGAUUUCGGUCGACAUGUGGCUCUUUACGUCGGCUUACACCGAUGUCGCUACCCUGAGCAGUCUACCGCGGUACACUGGCGGUGCGACAUUCUUCUAUCCGGCUUUUGAUGCGGGACGAUCAGAAGAUGCGCUCAAAUUUGCGCACGAAUUCGCCAACGUCGUCACGAGUCCGGUCUGUCUUGAAGCGGUCAUGCGCGUACGAGCUUCCAAAGGCCUGCGGAUGUCUGCGUGUCAUGGCAACUUUUUCGUUCGCUCGACGGAUUUGCUCGCGCUACCUGCCGUCCCGAUCGAUCAAUCCUAUUGCAUCGAGAUGCAAAUCGAAGAUCCCAUCGCGGCGCCUAUUGUCGUGCUACAAACCGCCGUACUGCACACGACCUCAUUCGGCGAGCGUCGCAUCCGCGUCAUCACGCUGGCCCUACCGACGACGGCGAGCAUCAGCGAGGUCUUUGCAACCGUCGAUCAAUCGGCGCUCGUCACUUUGCUUGCGAACAAGGCCGUCGAGCGGUGCAUGCAGGCAAAGCUUGAGGAUGCUCGCGAUGCCCUCCAGAACAAGCUCAUUGACAUUCUGAGCAGCUUGAAAUCUGUCAUGGCCUCUUCCGGCCCCAGCCCGCAGCUGCUUGCGUCUGAGAAUAUGAAGCAUCUACCGUUGCUCAUACUUGGUCUGCUCAAGCACGUUGGGUUGCGGCAGAGCUCGACGAUUCCCUCCGAUUUACGAUCUUACGCCCAAGCGCUCUUAACGACUCUGCCAACUCAAUUAUUGAUACCCUACCUUCAUCCCCAGCUCUACUCGUUACACAAUAUGCCUUCAGAGUGUGGUACGGUUGGCGAGCACGGCGUGAUCAUGCCAUUGCCGUUGCCGGCCAGCAGCGAGCGCCUAGAGCGACACGGUCUUUUCUUGAUCGAAGAUGGACAGAAUCUCUUCCUGUGGAUCGGCCGUGAUGCUGUGCCAAAGCUGGUCAAUGACGUCUUUGAUCUGCCGACUUAUCACUCGCUCGCUGGCGGCAAGAUCACGCUUCCUCAGCUGGAAAAUGACUUCAACAAACGCGUGAAUGCCGUCAUUGGCAAAGUGCGAGAGUCUCGCAGAGGUCCCUAUUGGCCGCAUCUCUACCUGGUCAAAGAAGACGGCGAUCCUUCGCUGCGCAUGUGGGCACUCAGCAUGCUUAUCGAGGAUCGUGCGGAGCACCUGCCGUCGUACGCUCAGUGGCUGGGUCAAAUCAAAGACAAAGUGAACGCUGCUUCAUCUUAG